GCCUCCGCCCAGCUGCCCCUGCAGGCCGGCUGCGUGCUCCCGAGCUCCCGGCCCCUGAGUGACCCCCUCAGAGCGCAGGGGCCCCCAGAGCCAUGCGGACGCUCGAGGUCCUGCUGCCCCUGCUGGCCGCCUGCCUGGCCGUGCGCGGGGGCCCCGUGGCCACCUUGUCCGAGGACAUCCAAGCGCAGGAGAACUUUGACCUCCCCAGGGUCUACGGGAAAUGGUUCCACGUGGCCAUCGGCUCCACCUGCCCGUGGCUGAAGCGGUUCGUGAGCAGGAUGGCCGUGAGCACCCUGGAGCUGGGCGCGGGGGCCGCCGACGGGGAGCUGAGCGUGACCACCAGGCGCUGGCGGAGAGGCGUGUGUGAGGAGAGCUCGGGGACUUACGAGAAGACGGACACCCCCGGCAAGUUCCUGUACCAAAAGCCCUACUGGGGCAGCACUGUCGAGUCCUACGUGGUGCGCACCAACUACGAGGAGUACGCCAUCCUGGUGUCCAAGAAGCACAGCCGCAGGCACGGGACCACCCUCACGGCCAAGCUCUAUGGCCGGGAGCCGCAGCUCCGGGAGGGCCUGGUGGGCGAGUUCAGGGAGCUGGUGCUGGGCCUGGGCAUCCCCGAGGAUUCCAUCUUCACCGUGCCCGACCAAGGUGAAUGUGUCCCCGGGGAGCAGCAGCCGGCGACCUCUCUCUCCUCGAGAUUCCGGCGAGCUGUGCUUACCCAGGAAGAGGAAGGAUCAGGGACGGGGCAGCUCAUGACUAACAUCACCAAGAGUGAAGACUCCUGCCAGCUGGACUUCGCAGAAGGGCCCUGCCUGGGCAUGAUCAAGCGCUACUACUACAACGGCGUGUCCAUGGCCUGCGAGCCUUUCCAGUACGGCGGCUGUCUGGGCAACGGGAACAACUUUGCCUCCGAGAAGGAGUGUCUGCAGACCUGCCGGACUGUGGCGGCCUGCAACCUCCCCAUCGUCAGAGGCCCCUGCACAGGGUUCACGGAACUCUGGGCAUUUGACGCGGCCAAGGGCAAGUGCGUCCCUUUCAGCUACGGAGGCUGCCAAGGCAACGGGAACAAGUUCUACUCGGAGAAGGAAUGCAAGGAGUACUGCGGCAUGCCUGGCGACGGAGAUGAGGAGCUGCUGCCCACCUCCCGCUGACCGAGCUGUGCCCGAGGGCCACCAGGCCACGCGACUUCACACACCAGGGUCUGUCUCGGGGCUGGCCAGCCCCCUGGGCUGAAUUAAAGGCGGAGCUGUAGA